AUGUCGCAAUCCCAGCGCCAAGUCUCCUGGCGUCAAGGCCCUUCUGGACCGCCCAGAGCAUACCGAGAAAGCAGCAACAGACACCGGAACGACUUGGUCAUGGUCGACAGUAUGGCCCUUCAGACAGUCAAGAUCACCGGCAGCAACAAAGCCUCCGGCCUCUCCGUGCACAGCGACAGCAGCGGUGGAGGAAGACAGCUCAACAUUUACACCAAGCUUGCCGAGGCGAAGAGCACCAUCUGCUUCAAGGUCGACAGCGAAGAUGCUGCUCUUCAGGCGUAUCGUCAAGUCCGAGACAUGAAUCCUUCGGCUCCUGUGGGAGGCGUCAUGUUUAGUGUGGCUCCAAAGGCGGACACUCAGUUUGCGGAUGUCAAGAACGUUGAUUGGUCUUCUAUGGUCGCUCCUCGCUCUGAAGAGUCUUCUGAUGGCUGGUCAGACCUUGAGGAAGCGCUCUUCCAGGCCCUUCUUGCCAAACGCCCUGACAAAGGCACAACCUCGGCUCCCGCCAAGGAUACCGAGUCCAUUGACAGCACUCGUUCCUUAUUUGGACCCAUUCCUGCUAAGAAUACCCGAGUUGUCGACAGUCCUCGUUCCGUGCUUGGGUCCAUUCCUGCUGAGGACACCCAGUCCAUCAGCAGUACAGGUUCCAUGUUUGGAAUCCCUUCGAGACGCACACGUUGA